ACUCACCCUCUUCCAGAAGCACACACACACAAUAGCACACAUGAGCCAAGGAGCAUGGGCAGCAGGGUCACCCUAGCGCCAUGCUUCGUAAAAGGGCGCCGUUACAAUAGGUUUUCUGUUACUCUGAAGACUGCUGGGAUACAAUAGAACUGAAUGUAGUGGCCUGACAGCCCUCCAUUUCCCUCAAUUUUUCACUUGAUGACAAGGAAGGCAGACUGAGACGAGACAGCAUGAUAUCAGAGGACACCCCUGAAGUAACCUCACGGACUAAUGGGGCUUAUACUGCUGAGCCUGAUUCUUUCGUACUGGAUCAACACCGUGGAAGGGUCAUGUUCAGCUGCUAGCGCUGUGACCUGCAAUGAGUGUCUGCAGCUCAGUUACCACUGUGCCUGGUGCACACAGGAGAAUUUUACAGACUGGUUUACAGUCAGCGAAAGGUGUGACACAUUGGAUAGCUUACUAGAAAAGGGAUGUGCCAGGGACCUGCUUGAGUUCCCCGUCUCCAAAGGCCAAAUCCUGCAGGAUCGCCCACUUGGAAAGAAGACAGGCAACGUUAACAGCACUCAGAUCUCCCCACAGAAAAUGGCACUCAAGCUGCGUCCUGGCAGCCAGGUGACUUUCCAGGUCAAGAUUCAACAAACGGAGGACUAUCCUGUGGACAUAUACUACCUGAUGGACCUCUCAGCAUCCAUGAUCGACGAUCUGGCGAUGAUCAAAGACUUGGGCUCCACUUUGUCUAAAGAGAUGGCCACUCUCACCAGUAAAUUUCGAAUGGGCUUUGGCUCUUUUGUGGAGAAACCUGUCCUGCCGUUCAUCAAAAUCACAGAAGAAGACCUGGCCAACCCCUGCGGCGGUGUCGGCUCAACCUGCCUACCAACGUUUGGCUACAAACACGUCUUGUCUUUGACGAGCAGCACCGAAAGGUUCAACAACAUAAUUGCAAAGCAGCGUGUAUCUGCAAAUAUUGAUUUGCCAGAGUGUGGCUUUGACGCCGUCAUGCAGGCAGCUGUUUGUGGGGACAAGAUAGGCUGGAGGAAUGAUUCCAUGCGCUUGCUGGUGUUUGUCAGUGAUGAUGACUCACACUUUGGGAUGGACAGUAAGAUGGCCGGCAUCGUGAUUCCCAACGAUGGGCAGUGUCACCUGGAUGCCAACAACGAAUACUCCAUGUCAACAGUGCAGGAGUAUCCAACUCUUGGUCAGUUGAUUGAUAAGGUGGUGGAGAACAAUAUCUUACUGAUAUUUGCUGUGACAGAAGUACAGAAUGUCAACUAUAAGAACUAUGCAAAUCUAAUACCUGGCGCCACAGUUGGAGUCCUGGCGAAAGAUUCGCGGAACAUCCUGGAACUGAUUGUAACAGCCUACAAAGAACUGCGUUCAGAGAUUGAACUGGAGGUCCUUGGAGACACAGAAGAGCUCCAGAUGUCCUUUACAGCCAUUUGCCCAAAUGGGACCGUCAUCAUUGAUGAAAAACGCUGCUCCAACAUCAAACCUGGAGAGACGGUAGUGUUCAACGUGUCUGUGGAGCUUCCAGGAUGCCUGUCCGGAGUUCGCCACUUCUCCCUCAAACCGGUGGGUUUACAGGACAGUCUGGAGGUGCAACUGGAGUCUCUUUGCUCGUGCGACUGCCGGCAGCCUCCUGAAGCAAACAGCAGCCGGUGCAUUGAGAGCCAGGGGGCUUUCCAGUGCGGCGUUUGUGUGUGUCAGCCAGGGUUCCUGGGGUCGGAGUGUGAAUGCAAUGAGGAAAGUGCUUUGUUGAGCAACUGCCUCUCACACAAUGAGUCUGAUGUAUGCAGUGGACAGGGGCAAUGCUACUGCGGACAGUGUGUGUGUCAUGCAUCCAGCUUUGGACGCAUCUACGGACGUUACUGCGAGUGUGAUAAUUACUCCUGUGUUCGUUUCCGUGGGGAGCUCUGUGGAGGCCAUGGAGUGUGUGACUGUGGGGAGUGUCACUGUGAAAGCGGCUGGACAGGGGAGUAUUGUAACUGCAGCACCAGCACUGAGGCGUGCAUGUCAGAGGAUGGUGCUUUCUGCAGUGGUCGGGGGAGAUGUGAGUGUGGCCACUGUGUCUGCUCUGUACCCGGAGCAUCUGGGGACAAGUGUGAGAAGUGCCCAACAUGUGGAGACGCCUGUAGCUCUGCAAGGACCUGUGUAGAGUGCCAUCUGCUAGAUAAGGACGAUGUCAAGUUGUGUGAUCAAAAGUGCAGCAGCCCCAAAAUCUCCAUUAACACAACAGCAGAUUAUGACAAGAGCCCUUCUAUCCAAUGCACGCUGAUGAAGGAGAAUGAGUGCCGGAUCUCAUUUAAUGUGGUAGAAAGUGAGACGCGGACUAUUGUCUAUGAUCUCCAGAUGUUCGGUUGCCCUGAGCCUCCCAACAUCCCCAUGAUUAUUCUGGGGGUCUCUCUUUCUAUCGUGUGUAUCGGCCUGAUUCUGCUGGCUGUGUGGAAGCUGCUGGUGUCGGUCCAUGACCGCAAAGAAGUGGCCAAGUUUGAGGCUGAGAGGGCAAAGGCAAAAUGGCAGACGGGGACCAACCCUCUUUUCAAAAGCUCAACAUCUACUUUUAAAAAUGUAACUUAUAAGAACACACAGAGAGAAAAGAUCAUUACACUGGAUCACUACUAAUGAUAAACUUUAGGCAAACCAAGAUGUGAGUGCACUUAAGUGUGUGUGUGCGUGUGUGUGUGUGUGUGCAUGUGUGUGUGUGUGUGUGUGUGUGUGUGUGUGUGUGUGUUUGUUCAGAGGUGUUAUAGCUAUCUCUAGAAAUAAACAGAUGAUGAAUUUGCUGCUGUAAACCUUACACACUGCACUUUCCUGAGGCAUGGUCCUACUUUUGUCUACUGUAACAUGCAGCUUGGAAAGGAAGAGUCUACACAAGUGGUCUACUACUGAAAAAAAUCUUUGUUUUAUUCUGAAUGUAAAUAUAGGCUACUAGUGGAUUAAUAUGAUUUUUUUUUAAAUUGUCUUUGUUGUUUUAUUCUAAGCAAGGCUGUGCCUCAUACUUUAUGUUGAUAAGUGAGUUUUUUUGUGGCAUGGCACAUAAAUAAAGUGGAACUUUGAUUCUUUGUAAAAUGCAACUUUCCGCAUUCAAGGUUGUUUGUAUGUAGUCCUCAAAGCCUCUGAAAAUUAUUGGUAGGCUUUGGCGUUAUGAAACACAAUUUAAAGUUGACUUUUGUUUACAAUGGGAGAAUGAAAUCUGUCAAAGAGAAUCAUCCCUGUGUGUGCUCUUUCCAGACCAGUAAUGAAAAAAUCAAGAAAGUGCAUUUACUCAAGAACUGUACUAAGGUACUUGAACUUUACUUGGCUGUUUCCGUUUUUUUCUACUUUACUCACUCAGUGGUAGAAUAUCCACCGGACAAACUGCGUGGGGCCCUAGAAGCUCAGGUUCGUUACGUGUCAGUUGGUUACUUUUGGUAAUUUGAUUAGUUGAAAAUGUGCACCACUAAUGUACAAGACUAUCUGGGUCCUGCAUUAUAACAUACUAUUGGCCUUUUCUUUUUAUUCAGGGAUCUGUGUUAUAUGUUGUGCUCACGUGAUGCAAUUCACUUAAUAAAGUUGUUUUCAUCCAA